ACAUCCAUGGCAACAAGAAACAAUUGCGUUGUCCAAAGUUUUUACUUCUCACACUGUGUCGUUUAAAGUGCACGAAAGUCUAAUGCCUCCCAAAAAGAAUGGAAAAAAGAACCGAGAUCAAGCAAUUAAAACGGGAGGUAUGGAGGAGACAGAGCAGAAAAACGCCGAAGAAUUAACGGAGAGUGACAAGAAGUUUUAUCAAGCUCAGAUACGCGACUUGGAGGAGCGACUGGAAAGAUACCAGCUUAAAUGUGAUGAAUUGGAGGUUCAAGAAAAGGACUUGUCCUCUAAGAUCAAUAAUGUGGAGAAAGAGAAGAAAGACAUCGUUCUGUUCCUGAAACGCACAUUGGCUAAGAAAGAGGAUAAGCUGAAUGAUCUGGCGGAAACAUUAUCAAGACACCAGCAAGCCCAAGAGGCGGAGAGAGAGUCCUUUGAGUCACAGCUGAGCCUGCUUAGACGUGAACUCCAGGAAAAUAAGGAAAAAUACACAUCUGAGAAUAUGACACUUGCUGGUAAACUAGCAUCUUUGGAGGAGUUUUCUACACAGAGAGAGACGCUUAUAGCUGAACGCAGGUCUUUGGAAGAGCAACUUCGAAAGCAAAAAGAGGAUCAUCAAGCUGAAAUCUAUAAUCUGGAGAAAAAAGCUGUACUGGACAAUGACAGACUCAAGAAAGAAAUGCUGCAACAUGUUGCCACUGUAGCAGCUGAAUUUCGCCGGGUUUCAGACGAGAAGAUGCCCGAGACGACACUGAGGGCCAUGCAGGAGAAUCUCUCGGUGACGGCACAACUACAGCAGCUCUCAGAGAAAACCAAAGAGCUGCUGAAGGAGAACGAUGCCCUACGAGCAAGAGAAAGGCAACUCAAAAGAGAGAACGGCAUUACAGAACCACUACUGCACGAAAUAACCAAGAAGAGUGUUGCCAAUCAAAAGGUGGUCCUUCAGUUGACAGAAAAGUGCAAGCAAAUGCAGUCUGAAGUGGAGAAAUGCACCAAACUGAAACAGGAUCACCAGGAGCUGCUGGACAUUCACUCUGCGGUUUGCACUGAGAUUGAGGAUCUCAGAAAGAAACAUGCAGCGGUUACAGAAGACCUGAACCAAACCAAAGCUGAAGUCGAGAGACAAAAGAAAGAGCUUGAGGAGGAAAGCAGAAUGAGAGCGCAGAUAAACACGGUUCUGGAAGAAGCAGCUGUAGCUUUGAAGGAGGCCUUGAGGGACGUCCCAGAGGAGGAAGACUCUGAGCUGAAGGUCACCGUCAGACGAAGUCAGAUGAUGCAGAAGCUGCUGGCUGUUCUGGACGGCGCUGCAGCUUUGGGAAAAGGACCUGCUCUUACUGAUUUAAUGACUUGCAGACCAGGUGCACUGCAGAAAACUUCUCCGCAUCUUUCUCACUAUAAGACGGGAGAUCUGGGAUUGGUUCCUCGCAAAACACACAGCACAUCGACAAAGAUGGGAAAUCUCUCUAGGAGUGCUUACACCAGUCUACAGAAGAAAGCAUAGAGGAUGCGAACAUCAACAGUACAUCAACAACAGGACGGUACAUAUACAAUGACAGUACAUAUACAAGUCAUUCAUUAAUGUAUUGCUUUAAAUAAAGUCUUGUCUUUUAGAAAGUA